UAUCCACAAAAAUCGAAACACUGCGAAAUAGUAUCCAACGUAACGUGAGAUCUGUCAAUAGGUUUUCUGUAAUCGUCAUUUGGUGAAGGGGUGGACAUACGGUCGGUGUAUUAGACAAACUCAGAAUGUAUUGUGUGUUUGUAAAAUGUAAUUGAUCAAAAUUCAUUACACAUGGCACCUUCGAAGGACAAGUGGGUGCGGCGUUUCGUCAUUACAGAGACGAAGCGACAUAAAAAAGGAUUCACAAUUUACAAAGUUACAUCAUUGAUGUACUUGAAACCGUCGUUGGAAGCUAUAUCAAGAGUAUCAGUUUGGAAACGUUAUAGUGACUUCAGAAAGCUUCAUUCGGAACUCAAGGUUCUCUCUACAUCUCUUACUAUUAAAGAACCAUUUCCACAAUUUGCUAGGCCACGUUACUUUGGACGUUUUGAAGCAGAGGUCAUAGAGGAAAGACGGUUAUGUGCUCUACAAUUUCUUGAAUUCAUAGCAAGGCAUACUCCAUUAUUCAAGAGUGAAGUGUUUGUCAAAUUUUUCGAUAAUGAUAUAAAUGUCUGUCUAACUGACUGUUCUCAGUCAAUGAGUUCAGAUGCAUCAGAGGAUGAUAGAAAUGCCAAUGUAACAGACACGGAUUCAUUAAAUAAUUCUACGUCUCUAAACGUAACCCAGAAUAGGCUGAAAAAUGGUCAAAGUAUUUCCAACGAGUUACCAAAGUUUGUUUACACAGAACAAAUAAAGCCAACAGUAUCAAAACGUAUCUAUCAGUCAAGCACAAAGGUCAGACCUGAUCAGAAUUAUGGGAAAUUGUCUAUGAAAAAUCAAAGCAUAGAUAAUUCACCCUUAUACCAAGAACCAGGAACAGAUCAAAUUAUGUCCAAGGAGAAUCUCAGCACACAAAGUCAUAGUGAAAGUAUUGCAGUCAUGGACACAGGACAACUAACAAGUAAUUGCACAAUCAGCAGUACAAGUAUCGACGUCAAAGAAUUUCUGCAGGAUAAAGAAAGCCCCAAGCCGACACAUGUCAUAUCGUCCGUUUUAAUACACGAUGGUUCUGACCUUCUAAAUACGCAAGAAGACUCUGCGCAAUAUAUUCUAAUAGCUGCAGCUCACAUGAGUGCAGCGUUCCGUCACGAGGUUAUAGCUGAGUAUGAGGAAGCUUUUACGCAGUACAAACUGGGAAUUUCAAAUCUUCUCAAUGGGGUACAGACGGAUCCAGACGUGAACAGAAGGUAUACGAUAAAGAAUAAGAUAACAAAGUAUUUAGAGAGAGCUGAAAGACUGUAUAACAGGCAUCUUAACUGUAAUAUCUCUCUAUUAUGUAAGCCAAUAACAGAACUGCAAAAUUAUAAGGUACUACGAGUCAUUGGGUCGGUAAUACUCGUGCGAGAUAUAAUGCGUGAAUGCAAUAGAAUGAUAAAAACAGUGGAAAAACCAGCUGGACGUAAAGAAGACAUAAGUAAUUAUAUUCUACGUGGCAAAGUACCUCACAUGGUACAGCUUUAUGCCUGUGUACAGACAGAAACAACUGUGUUCCUGGUACUAGAGUAUGCAAGUGGCGGAAAACUGUGGGAACAUGUAAAAACGCAGUACAAAUCUGCUGAAAAUAAGAUAAGCUCUUAUAAGAAGAGUCACACAAGAUCUAUUAGUUGUGGUGCUGUAAUUCAACCUGAUUAUGAGAGUGUGUUGGAUUCUAGUCAUAAAAAUAGACAAGAAGAAAAGAAAAUUCCGGAGAUAAAACACAGUAUUUCAGACUUUAUUCAGCAUGACGAUGUAUCUGAAUCUCAGGAGAAUCUUGAGAUUUCACCUGAAGAAUCUUUGAGAAGAUUGGAAGAGGAAUUUGGAGCAAAUUCAAAGUAUAAUAGGGAUUUGCCUACUACGGAUUUGUUAGAAAAAGCACAAAAAUUACUUCAAUCUGUUAAUGCAACGUUGAAGAAAAGUAAUUCCAUUGCUUCUCGUUUAAAUGAAUCGGAGGAGCUGCUACAUCCAUAUCACCAUAGUGACUCUACACUUGAGAAGGAUUCCCUGAAGGAAAUUGUGGAAAUUGAUAUUCACAUCCAAGAAUCAGAACAGGAUUGUGUCAAUUAUGAGAAUAACUCUGUAAAAAUGAUGAAGCCGUUGAGUGACAAUGAAAAUACAGAAGAAAGUUAUGAUUUGAGUGAAUUAUCAACUAGCGAAAGCUGUACUGACCUCAGCUUAGGUAAGGACAAAGUCUCUAGUAUAUUGGAGGAGGGGACACCAAACAUGGAACUCUCCCAAUUUGAAUAUGAGCUCUCAAAAAAGACAAAAAGUACCAAUGGCACUGUGGAAUCUAGUCAGUUUAUUAGAAUGAAUGGAGGUAGUCAGUAUGCAGACGAGUUACAGUUACAUACAGGUGAUGACAGUGGAGUGGAAAUGGAACAGGAACUGUGGAAAGUGCCAGAAACGAUUAUCAGGCAGUGGGCAGCCGAAGUACUUUUAGCAUUGGAGUCUCUUCAUCAGCAGGAUGUUAUAAUAGCUGACUUGAGGCCAGAUAAUAUUUUACUGGAUGAUAACGGGCAGGUGGUGAUGACGUACGUCGUACCACGACGUGAUGUCGAAUUACCACGAUCCAGGAAGCCGUAUAUGUCACCGGAACUGUCUAUGUUUUUACCAGCAAUUCCAGCUACAUCGGCUGCUGAUAUCUGGAGCUUUGGUGUUAUUCUAUAUGAAUUACUCACUGGAAUUCAAUUUCAGUGGAGACAUCCUGGACCAUUUCAUUCACAUUCCAUUGUCAGCAUUCCAGAUGAAAUAUCACAGACUGCUAAAUCCUUGUUAUUCAGUAUCCUAAAAUACGAGCCGAAUGACCGACUAACGAUUCCUGAAAUUAAACAGCAUCCAUUCUUCGAACAAAUCGACUGGGCAAAUCUGUUGAAUCCUUAAAAGAAUUUCAAAACUAGAAUGGCAUGUAGGGAACUACUUCUAUAUCAUAAUUAUAUUUAAUAAUUUAUUUUUUCGAUAUCUACCAUUCUAAUGAGUAUUAUUAGUACGUUUAAUCAUUACACGUUAAUUAUGAAUUAAGGCUGCUGUUCAGCUAAGAUUAUGCGUGUAUGUAUGUACACAUGUGAUGUGAAUAAUGACAUCACAAGCGAAGAUACACUUACAAUCGCUUUUCACUUUUAUUUUCAAUUAAUUGGUUUAGCCACCUUCCUUGCGCGAUAAGAAAUCUAGAUCAUCUGCAUUUAAAAUGCACAAAAAUCUUAUCUUAAAGAAUAAUGGGUAUACAAAAAACCGAUCGGUUAAAUUUUCAUGGCGGCCGCCAUUACACCAGCUUUACUUUUGUAAAUUUUUCAUCGAAUUAAAAUAUUCGAUACACUUAAACGCAGAUGACCCGUCUUCCGGGCCAUAUAAGGAAGCCAGUUGACUCAAUAAUUGUAUAAAUUAAUGGAAAACGCUAGUGAAAAAUGGUUUUUAAAGGUUUCUUCGGUUCUGACGUUACUGCUCUGCAUAUGUAUGCACCUAUAGAACGGCUGAACAACAAUAUUAAUAGUUGAAUAGAGGACAACCAAUGUCAAUGUAAAUCAUUGUACAAAUUGUAUAGACAAUUCACCAUAAUAAACUGGUGACGAUGAA